UCUACUUCCGUAGAAACGAUUUGACUCUUUUCUCUUCAGCUACUCUUUCUCUCUGUGUAUAUCUCUUUUCUAUGGAAUUUUAUAAAUUAGGGUUUCAAAUUGUACACGAAAAUUAUUAGGGUAUUAUUCAUUACAGUAGUAGGUGAUAGUAUCAAUGGCUGGUAUACUUCGAUCUUCUAGUACUCCUAAGAAAGGUUACCCUUCUCAAGAACUCCUCGACGAUCUUUGCAGUCGAUUUGUUUUGAAUGUCCCAAGUGAAGAUCUUGAGUCAUUUGAGAGGAUGUUGUUUCUAGUGGAGCAAGCGCAUUGGUUUUACGAGGACAAUGCUGUGGAACAAGAUUCGGGGUUGAAGUCACUUUCUCUUAGGGAAUUUACAUCUCUGAUGUUUCGUAGCUGUGAUGCUCUCAGACCUUAUACUGCACAUGUAGAUGAUAUUUACAACGACUUCAACAAAUACAAGGUCAGGGUUCCAGUAAGUGGAGCUAUCAUUUUGGAUGAAGCUUAUGAACGGUGUUUACUGGUGAAAGGAUGGAAGUCUGGAGCAAGCUGGAGUUUUCCUCGCGGGAAAAGGAACAAAGAUGAGGAAGACCACACCUGUGCUGCCCGAGAAGUGUUGGAGGAAACAGGUUUCAACAUCUCGAAACUUUUGAAAGUGGAUGAUUUUAUUGAAGUGACAGUUGGGGAACAAAGGGUGCGCCUCUUCAUAGUCGUUGGCGCUAAGGAUGAUAGUGUUUUCGCACCACAGACCAAGAAAGAGAUCAGUGAAAUUUCGUGGCACCGAAUUGAUGACCUUCAGCCAACAUAUAAUGAUGUAGUAUCUCGUGGGGCCAAUGGCAUGAAGUUGUACAUGGUUGGACCAUUCUUAGGGCCUCUGAAAUCGUGGAUAUCCAAGCAUCGACCUCAUAAAACCAAAAAAUCGGAUUCAUCCCCUAAAGGAACAACCUCUGUUUGGAAGGCAAAGAACCCUACAGUUAGUCCUCCAACAGCAAUACCCGAGAUGACACUGACUGCUAAACCACCUGUAUUACCUGAAACUCAAACAAGUGAACUUGAAUCUCGCCCUGGGAGAAGCUUCAGAAGUUUCAGGAUGGACACUGCUUCAGUUUUACGUGCUAUGGAAGCUGGUUGGGUGAUUUGACCAACCACAACAAGGAUCUGUGAUUAGUCUUCAUUGUGAAUCCUAUCAACCCAAAUAGUUUCUCUUACUUAUAUUAGUUUCUGGUGAGCCCCUUCUAUACUUUUAGCAAUGCAGCGGGUCUUCAUCAGCAAGCAAAUUGAGUCCUAGGAGCGUUUCAGUGUAGAUUUUGUAUAAAAUCUUGUAGAGCAAAAUCUAGGUGUUUCUGCAUGGUGGAUGUACUUUAUGGUACCACAUUGCUUAUAGUGUAACUAGUUUGACUAAUUAGGAUUAUCUUUAACCUCCAGUUGAAUGUAUUUUGCUUAAGACUUUCUUCUGGUUAAACUAUGCCAGCAGUGGAAUUGUAUCACCUUCAUUGUUUCUUCAAACAAAAACAGGCCUUGCUAGAUUGGUUUGUAGUUUGUGCAAGUAUUGGUGGCUGUGAACCGUUUCAAGCUUCAAAAUAAAAGGUGCUUUCAGAUUUUCCAAGGCGAGCACGUAGGGUAAGAAGGUGCUUCUGGGUGGUGGUGGUGGAUGUACUGUAUCCGUAUUGCAUUGUUUCUGGAUGGUGGAUGUCUAGUUUUGAUUCAUCAGAAUUCUCUCCGAUCUCCAGACUCCAGUUGAAUGUAUUUUGCUUAUGAAUUUUUUCAACAUUUUCUAUCUAUUCGAAUGAAAAACAAGCCUUCCUAGAUGAUUGUAUAACGACAAGCUAGAUGAUUGUACAACGACAAGUAUCGAUGGCUGUGAAUUGUUUCCCAAGCUCGUAAAUAAAAGGUGUUUUGUUCUUUAA